UCAAAGUAAAUUGCUUGAGUGCUACCUUUAAAAUGUGAAGGACGAGGAGAAAGAGGACCUACUAGACGUUCUCCUCAGGAUACACAAGGAAGGUAGCCACGACGUGCCUUUUACCAUGGGAUCCAUCAAAUCUCUUAUCGUCGACCUGUUUAGUGCUGGGAGCGAGACAUCCGCGACAACGCUCCAAUGGGCCAUGUCGGAGCUCAUGAGGAACCCCAACGUGAUGAGGAAAGCACAAGCCGAAGUACGAGAAAAUAUCAAAGGUAAGCCAAACGUCACCGAGGAUGACUUGGCAGACCUCAAGUACUUGAGACUCGUCAUCAAGGAGACACUUAGGUUGCAUCCGUCUGUGCCCUUGCUUCUCCCGCGCGAGUCCACCGAGACAUCCAAAGUCCUAGGGUAUGAUGUUCCCAAAGGAACCACUGUAUUCGUGAACACAUGGGCAAUCUGUAGAGACCCCAAGUAUUGGGACGCCGCCGAGGAGUUCAAGCCAGAGCGGUUUGAGUCCGGCUCCGUCGAUUUCAAGGGAACCAACUUCGAGUACACACCUUUCGGGGCAGGCCGAAGGAUAUGUCCUGGAAUGUUAUUUGCCCGAUCUAUCAUGGAGCUCGCCCUCGCGGCUCUUCUCUACCACUUCGACUGGGAGCUUCCCCAUGGGGUUAAGCCAGAAGAGCUUGACAUGACAGAGCAAAUGGGCCUCGCCGUCGGUCGGAAGAAUGACCUAUAUCUGUUUGCCAAGACCAAGGUUCCACUUGAUGGCGCAAUUUAGCGACUUCAAACAUCACUCAAUGGUUCUGACCAAGGUCGGAAGAUGGGCCAGAUCAAAGGGGUCACAGUUGUGCAUAUAUAUGGCAGUUAUAAAACUCAAUGAUACAUUUGUCAUUGGAAAUAACUAGUUCUAGUUUCUUAAAGGCUAAUUUUAUUUGUUUAUUUAAAGACUACUUUAGUUUGGCAACAAUUUGUGGAUUUGUAUCAACUUAUAUAACUCAAUAAAAUACUACUAUUUUAUUUUCAUGUGCCA